UACUUAUUCAAUUUUUUUUUAUGGUAAAAAAAAUAAAUGAUAAAUCUUUUUUAGCGCAUCUAAUGGAAAACCCAUUAAUUUAUUUAUUCAUAUUUGGUGGAUCAACGUUCCAUUUCUGAAAUGACCCAAAAAUAAGUGUCUUGAAGGUCACUCAGUGCACUCUUCUUCUUCUUCUCAGUCCAAUUUGUUUAAAGAGAUCGAACCCGGUUUCUAAUGAACUCAGAAUCUUCUAAUUCAUUACCCCAGCCUUCUGCUGAAGCUUCUGAUGUUGAUCAUUCUGCUCCAGCUGUUUCUGGACAAGAAACUAAUCCACGUGAAUCAGCUUCUGUGUCUUCUUCAACAUCAUCUUGGGCAUUGAAACUACAGCAAUCGCUAGGGGCAGUGCAAGAGAGCCCAAGUGGAAUUGCUGGAAUGUCGGCAUUUGCACGUUUAGCUAGAGGGUUUGGUUCACAGAUGCCUUCAGUGGAUACUCCAACUGAUAAGGAUGUUAAAGCCAGCUCAGAGAGUGGUAUUUUUGAAUCACUCACAAAAGGGCUUGUAGAUUCAUCCCGGAGUGCAGCGAAGGCUGUGCAGGUUAAAGCACGCCAUAUAGUCUCUCAAAACAAACGAAGAUACCAGGAAGGAGGUUUUGAUUUGGAUAUGACAUAUAUUACCGAGAACAUAAUCGCCAUGGGUUUCCCAGCUGGUAGUUUAACCUCUGGGUUUUUCGGAUACCUUGAGGGGUUUUAUCGGAAUCACAUGGAGGAAGUUAUCAAGUUUUUUGAAACUCACCACAAGGGAAAAUACAAAGUGUACAAUCUUUGCUCAGAGAGGUUGUACGAUGCAUCACUAUUUGAAGGGAAGGUUGCAAGCUUUCCAUUUGAUGACCAUAAUUGUCCCCCAAUUCAGCUCAUAACAUCAUUUUGUCAAAGUGCUUAUGCUUGGUUAAAGGAGGACAUUCAAAAUGUUGUGGUUGUUCAUUGUAAAGCUGGUAUGGCAAGGACUGGAUUAAUGAUAUGUAGCCUUCUCUUAUUCCUUAAGUUCUUCCCUACAGCUGGGGAGGCUAUGGAUUAUUACAACCAGAAAAGAUGUGUAGAUGGAAAGGCUCUGAUUCUCCCAAGUCAGAUUAGGUAUGUCAAAUAUUUCGAGCGUAUUUUAACAGAGUUCAAAGGAGAGAAUCAGCUCGGUCGUAGAUGCAUGCUUAGGGGUUUUCGGAUUCACAAAUGCCCUUACUGGAUUAGACCCUCUAUUACAAUCUCCAAUCAUAAUGGUAUUUUGUUCUCAACAAAAAAGCAUCCAAAAACAAAAGAUCUAAUGCCAGAAGACUUCUGGAUGAAAGCAUCUAGAAAAGGGAUAGUGGUGUUUGCUCUACCAGGGGAACCUGGUUUAACAGAGUUGGUGGGGGACUUUAAAAUCCAUUUUCAUGAACGCCAAGGAGAUUUCUACUGUUGGUUAAAUACAACAAUGUCAGAAAACAGAAUGAUCUUAGGUGCAUCAGAGCUUGAUGGUUUUGACAAGAGGAAAUUGCCUUCUCCGGGAUUCCAGGUUGAAAUUGUGAUGAUAGACUAUGAUGGUACUUUACCAGCAAAAUCUAACCCAAAAGCCAAAUCUGAUAGUAGCUCUACUAGUCAUGCUCCUCCUAACUCAAGUGUUGGUGCUGAAUCUAACUCAAAAAGAAAACAAGUUCCUCAGAAUGAAGACAAUGAUGAUGUAUUCUCAGACAGCGAUGGGGAUGAAAAGGGAGCUGCUAAGAGCCGAGCUGCUGCGACUCCUACUUCUACUGCCACAUUAUCCGAACAAACAGGAAACUUAUCCGGCCAAACUGACCGGCUGUCUCUUGGGACCGAGACACGUGUCUUGCAAGAAGGAACUACCGACGGGGUUAGGAAAACCGACUGCAGCAAUGACGCCCUUCCGAAGAUGGAUUCAACAGGAGGAAGUGAUAUUAAGGCAAUGGCUGCUGAUGCUUCUGUUUUCUCUUUUGGGGAUGAUGAAGAUUUUGAGAGUGAUUAAAUUAAGUGUGAGUUUUUACUUAUCAUUGUUUGCUGUAUAACAUUCUUUGUUAACAUUUACCUUGUUAUACUUCCAACUUCAUUUUUUGGACUUACAACAUUUCAUUUUGUGAUAAUAGGAGAAGUGUGAUGAAUCUUAAAAUUAUUUUCAUAAUUAUUA